UCCUCCCAACUGCAUUGUUCAUAUAAGAAUUCAUAGGAAAUGGGGGACAUCUCGCCUGAUAAAAGAACUGGUUGUGGCCUAAUAAAUGUAGUUCUUGGAAGGCGAAGUUUUUGGCCAAGAAGAUCUGCUUCUUCUGGCUCACUUUCCACGUUGAGCGGAAACACCUAUGUCAAGGCGCCGACCUCUCCAGUUAGACGAAGGAGUGGCUCCGAUGAGGCUGAUUUUUACGAUGACUCACCGGCCAUAUCAGAUGGCCAUCCAAAACCUAUUACAAGAGCUUCUGAUCACCCCAAGAUACCUCCUCCUGUGCAGCAACACCAACACCACCACCCUCUGCAGAACCAACAAAACCAUCGUCGAAAACCUUCAGAGGAGGGAACCAAAAUUUCAGCUGACCAACUUCAUGGUAACCAAAAUUUUGGUUAUCCUCCUCAAGGUAGGAAGCUACCUAGGGGAGCUAUUGGCAUCUCCGGCGAGCUCGAAAGCAUGAUUGCUGAUCACCAAAAGACUAAAGGAAACAGCAAUCUUGUCCGGGCUUCAUCUAGCAAUGUCAUGCUUUUCGGCAACUUAGGCAACUUGAGGCAAUCAGGGGGGACUGCUGCUGCAGGAAACACCAAUUCAUAUAAUGUUCUUGAUCAUCUUCCCAAGACUGCAAGAGAAGAAAACUCCAUGCCUAAUGAGCAAUUCAUGGGAAAUGUAGUGAAGCAACAACAUGAAGCACAGAAACCAAGUGCAGAGCAGCCUGGAGGUCCAUUAUGCAGGGCCAUCUCUACAAGAAUGGACCCUGAACAAUUGAAAAUUAUGGGCAAUGAAGAUUACAAGAAUGGGAAUUUUGCAGGGGCAUUAGCUUUAUAUGAUGCAGCAAUCUCCAUUGAUCCCAACAAGGCUUCAUAUAGAAGCAACAAAAGCGCGGCAUUGACAGCUCUAGGUAGGCUUCUCGAGGCAGUUUUCGAGUGCAGAGAAGCCAUUCGAAUUGACCCUCAUUAUCAUAGAGCUCACCAUCGUUUAGCAAACUUGUACCUCAGAUUAGGGGACGGGGAAAAAACUACGUACCACUAUAAACUUUCAGGGCCAGAAGCUGACCAUUUAGACAUUGCUAAAGCUAAAGCUCUUCAGAUCCAUCUCAACAAGUGCACCGAGGCACGAAGACUGCGAGACUGGAACACCUUGAUCAAGGAGACCAAGGCUGCCAUUUCUUCUGGUGCGGAUUCAGCGCCGGCAAUAUUUGCAUUGCAAGCAGAGGCCUUGAUAAAGCUGCAUAGGCACCAAGAAGCAGACGAAGCGCUAAGAAAUGGUCCACAUUUCCAAGAUGAUGAAUGUACCAAAUAUUUUGGACCCAUUGGUAAUGCAAAUCUGUUAAUGGUGCGAGCACAAAUCGACAUUGCUGUCGGCAGAUUUGAUGAUGCAUUAGCUGCGGCUCAACGAGCGACUAGGCUUGAUUCUAACAAUAAGGAAGCGAACAUGGUAAUGAGGAAAGCCAGAGCUGUAGCAGCAGCUCGAUCAACUGGUAAUCAACUUUUUAAAGCAGCCAAAUUCUAUGAAGCAUCUAAUGCAUAUGGUGAAGGACUUGAACAUGAUCCUUACAACUCGGUUCUAUUGUGCAAUCGAGCCGCCUGUCGGUCUAAGCUUGGCCAGUAUGAAAAAGCUGUAGAAGAUUGUAAUGCUUCGCUUAAUUUGCGCCCUAAUUACUACAAGGCUAGACUAAGGAGAGCAGAUUGCUACGUCAAGUUGGAAAAAUGGGAAGCUUCAAUGCAAGACUACGAGAUCUUGCACAAAGAAGCACCAGAAGAUGAAGAGGUGAGCAAGGGAUUGUUAGAGGCCAAAGCGCAGGUUAAGAAGUACAAGGGUGAGGAAGUGAAGGAUUAGAGCAACAGAAGCAUGUUGAGGCUUGAACUUAUAGAAGAACAAAGCAAGAAGAUUGAAAAGGAGAAAGAUUCCAAAUGCAGGAACCUGCAGCAGCACAGAGGCCCUAUAGAAUCAAAACUUGACGAACUCCAUAUGGCUGCCAUUGCUGAGGGGAUAUAUGGGGAAAAAAAAAGAGAGAAAUUGGCAAAUGGUAUGAUCUAUA